CUACUGCUGAUCCAGUCUUGUUGAUGUCUAGACUUCUCACUCGUUUUCUCAGCACGACAGCAGGCAUCAGUUAGUGAAACAAAGUCAAGCUGCUUCCGUAGAACUGGAUAACUGUGCUAGUGUCAUUGCGAGCUUUUUGAGGGUUUGAACUUUGAAGGCUACUAGUAGCUGGGCUUCCAGCAUGGAUGCUCUGGACGAAUACCAUUAGACGUUUAAAAAAUUCUUUGGAAACAAGUGAAUUUCCAGUAGCCUGGUUUGUGUCACUGACAGCAAAAUGGAAAAGAGGAAGCAUAGUACAUUGCCGCCUGGUAUGGCUUCACUAUCGCCGCUCCUUGCAAUUGCUUGUCUGAGUUUGCUGGCUGAAUGCAGUGCAUCAACGGUACCCUGUGUAAAUGGCCAACUAGUUUCUGGCUCCUGUUUGUGUGAUGUUGGCUGGACUGGAUCAUCCUGCAACUACUGCUCUGGUCGUGUUAGGCUGAAUGCAAGCUCUGGGGAGAUUACAGACGGCCCAGGGACCUACAGAGCGUUACAAGGUUGUAGCUGGUUCAUUGAUUCCGGCAGUUCCAGUGCAACGAUAUCGCUCAGUGUGGAACACUUUGCUACGGAAUGUAUAUGGGACGCGCUUUACGUUUUCGACGGCGAUUCAGUCAGCUCGCCGAUGCUAGCUUCAUUUAGUGGCUACAUGACUCCGCUACUGUCAGAUCUCACCACGUUGACAUCGUUUAUCCCAGUGGAGAACAGCAGCUACCAUCAGUCCAUGGGUGCGCCGGAGCACAUUGAUGGCAACACCACGAAUGCAGUUCGCCGACCACCAGCCGUUGUGAGGGCUAGCUCAGGGAAAAUGUUCAUCUACUUCUACGGGGAUGCAGCGAGUGAGGCCAGUGGCUUCAAGCUCAAAUACAGCUUAUUAUCAUGUCCUGGAGGUUCGACGUGUAGCGGCAAUGGCCAGUGUAACGCUGCAACGCUCGAGUGCCAGUGCGGGAUUGGCUGGACCGGUCUGGACUGCUCCGUGCCGUCAUGUCAAGAAGCACCGUGCACUGAGAAUGGUGGCGUGUGCAGCAGCAGCACGGGACGCUGCGUCUGCCCUGCCAGUCGCGGCGGCGUCAACUGUGAGCGCUUCAAGUUUGAUGCACAAUGGCAUCAGGUCGACGCCGUCCCUGCUUCUUCAUCUAGCUUGAACUGGCAAUACCAGGGACGUGCCUCGCACACCAUGGUUGCACAUGGUGACCUCUUCUACGUGUUUGGCGGUUUUGCCGCAAAUGCGCCACUCUAUCGUAGUUUCGAGUCGUUGCUGGUGUUCAAUACUACUUCUUCGGAGUGGUCAGUACCUUUAUUGCAUCCAACCAGUCCAGUGCCAAGUAAUCGCUAUGAGCACACCGCCAUUGUCUGGUCUGGUAUCAUGUAUGUGUAUGGGGGUCGAAUCAGCGGCUCUGACAAGCCAUGCAGCGAGUUAUGGAGCCUGAACUUGCAAGCCAAGCCCAUCGUUUGGACCCAACUGGCACCUGUCGGCGACACGGCAGUGGCUGUAGCCAUGCACACAGCUACGUUAGUCGAGGGAAAGAUGUUGGUCAUUUGGGGACGCGGUGAAGAUGACUCGAAUCAAGUUGCCGUGCAGGAGUACGUCAUUGGUACGAACGUGUGGCGUCUGGUGAUAGCUGCUUCAUCUACUGCUAUCUACCCUAAGCCCGUGUCUGGCCAUAGUGCAGUCUACAGUACAAAAAGCCACUUGGUCAUGGUCUAUGGCGGCUUUUUGUUGGCCGCACGACUCCGGAGACUCUACACGUUUGAUCCGUUCCACUAUGAAUGGAAAACCUACGAGGCUGAUAACUGGCCUCAUAGUGCACUGCACAGCGCUGUGCUCGGUCCAUCGUCAACAGGCGGUGAUUUGAUGUUGCUGAUGGGCGGUUGUCAGUACCUAGACGAUGGAAGAGUGCGUGGCUCGCUGUGUCACAGUAACUCCCUGUGGAUUGUUGACCUGACGUGCAUGGUUUGGAUUCCCACUGUUGCACCGGACAUGGGUGCUGUCAGCUUGGCCCGAUUUGGCCACACAGCCGUGUCAGCCAAUGGAGCAAUGUGGAUAUUUGGCGGGUACGACGGAACAUAUCGCAACGACCUCGUACGCUACGUGUUUGCUCGGUGCGAUCAGAUCACGAACAAGACUCUCUGUCUCAACUAUACAUCACUUGGAUGUAUGUGGCUGGUGGAUAGUGGCACUUGUGUCCCGGCUGCACUGCAACACACGUCUCCAGUAGUAGACUUGGCUGUAUGUAAAGAUACCUGUCCCAGACUGUCUACAUGUGCCAACUGCAAGAAGUUUUCUGGCUGUUCCUUUUGGAAUGGAGUGUGCCUUCCCACCAACCUAACGGAUGGUGGCGGGGGGACCAAAUGCCCGCUACCAGCUGAAGAUCCUCUCAAGAGUACAUUCUGUACCGUUUGUCAGCAGCUUAGUAGAACCUUUACUAAAAAUAAUGCAUGCGGCGGAGUGUCCCAGAAUCUCACCCAUUUACUCUGUAAAUCGCAGGCAUGUCACAAUUAUAGUUCGUGUGACAAGUGCGUUGAAAAUAGAGAAAAUGGCUGCGUUUGGUGCCCUAGCCUCCGCUCAUGUAUCUCCACGACUGAGUAUGAAGGCCGGUACCCGUAUAGCCAGUGUUUACGAUGGCUGACUGAAAGCUCUGCACCGGGAGGCGUUUGUGCAAUGGAUCGGUGCUCAUCAUACCAUAACUGCUCGCUUUGUCUGGAAGCACCGGGCUGCGGUUGGUGUGAAGAUGGCUCGGGCACGGGCUCUGGCAGGUGCAGUGCUGGCGGUGCACUUGGUCCUGUAUUGGUCAACAGCACUUCAUGGCUGUCACCAGCUAACACCAGCCUUGCACAACCUCAGUGUGCUGCAGGAAAUUGGAGCUAUACGCAGUGUCCCCUGUGUCAGUGUAAUGGACGCUCAACUUGCAAUAUGUCUGACACCUGUACAAACUGCUCCGAAAUGACUACAGGGAAGCACUGUGAACGAUGCCGUUCUGGUAUGUUUGGUCGUCCUGACCGUGCCGAUGGAGCUUGUCGACCGUGUGUAUGUAACGGACAUGGAGCAACAUGUCACGAUGUCAAGGGCACGUGUACAUGCGAGGACUUUGGGUCAUACGGUCCCAACUGUGGCAUGUGCGAUCAGCUAUUCUAUGGCAAUGGGAGCAAUGGAGGAUUGUGCUUUCGUCAUGUUUUCACCACAACGACAGCUGUGAAUUCCCUGAAAAUGAAUGUCGGCCCGUUUCCCAAUCGGAGAGCUCAGUUCAUUUGCUCACCAGGCGUUGAUAGACGAGUGGUCUUCACCAUCAAACUCAAUGUUUCUGUCAACUACAACCUGACAAUUGAAUACUCCAACCCUGAGCUAGUAGGCAUUCAGUAUGCACUGGCGGAUAGUGACAGAAUCAGCUCGGCGAGAUAUGUCUUCAAGGAGACACAUUUCAACUUUGAUGGCAUUGACAAGAUUCGUGUCUAUCUCACCGACUUGCCUGAGAAUCAGAGUGUCAGUGUGGAGGUGCUUUUCCUCUUCGAAGAUGCUAUUGACCUACUGAUUGUCUUUGCCACUUUCUUUGGGUGUUUUCUUACUCUACUGCUGAUCGCUAUGUUGAUCUGGUACACACGCCAAUACAUAUCCAUGUGGAGAGCUCAGCGGCAUCGACAGCAAGAGCUCAUAUCCAUGGCGCAGCGUCCGUUUGCCACUAUCAGACUUGCGUCGACGCAAUCGACAAGUGCCCGUGAAAUUUCCCCUCUGACCGUGCAGCCGCUGGCACAUGGUGACAAAAUUGCCCUGUGUUCGUUUGCUGUGCGCCUGCCGGGCAGUGUAGCGGAGUGCGGUAAUCAAUCACGCCUGGCUGUCGGCUCGGUUCUGCUCUCUGUCAAAAAGCAGCGCCUGUACCACCGCAAGCCGAGACAGCGCGGCAUUGGACGUGGCGUUCAUGCUGUUACGACUUCUCGGCAGCACUUGAUUGAAGAGGUAUAGUAGUAGCAGGUUAAUUUAUUCAGUUUGCUCAGGCCCACUCUUCUCUUCAUAUGUUCCAAUUUGGGCAAUACACCUUCAUAAUCUUCUUUCCGCAGUAUUCGCCAUGAAACAUCAUCCAACUUGAUUUCAUCCUUGUUGAUUUACGGCCAUUGUUAUCAGGUUAUAUUUGUUAGUUUUUGUUAUCACUCAAGUUGCGGGCAACUUGGGGACUCUCCCCCGGUAAUUCUAAACAAACCUUCAGUGUCUCGAGGCUGGUUGUAGCUGGAGGUGUCGCUGUUCUCUCUCUCUCUCUCUCUCUCUCUCUCUCUCUCUCUCUCUCUCUCUCUCUCUCUCUCUCUCUCUCUCUCUCUCUCUCUCUCCUCUCUCUCUCCUCUCUCUCUCUCUCCUCUCUCUCUCUCUCCUCUCUCUCUCUCUCCUCUCUCUCUCUCUCCUCUCUCUCUCUCUCUCUCUCUCUCUCUCUCUCUCUCUCUCUCUCUCUCUCUCUCUCUCUCUCUCUCUCUGUCUGUCUGUCUGUCUCUCUCUCUCUCUCUGUCUCUCUCUCUCUCUCUCCGGCAUUUCCUCAACUCAUCUACAUCCUUUCUGACACAAUACUGGCACUGUCCAUAUUUUUUUGGCACGCAUCAAAGUUUUACUCUACCCAAUUUUGCCAAUGACUGGAUGGCUUUGGUCCCGGUCAUUUCCGCACACCUUUACCAUCCUUUUUCGUGCAGGCCAUCAAGUGCAGAUAAUUGCGAAUGGCUCAUGACUAAGACAAUGGUUCAUCUCUUUGAGAGGGUGAAAGGAAAUUACGAGAAACCCAACCAUGACGUGUCCCACGAAAUCUGUAAUUGAAAAAAGAUGGACUAUCCUGGCACCAUGCUACAUUCCAGUUGCUCAUCUCUCUCUUGUCUUGCUUCAAGUAUCGUCUGUUGCAGUUUUCUGAUGAUCUGAUCGUGUUUUUGUUUUGCUCCCGUUCCACAAGGAUUUCUCUGCUGAUUUAAUGACUCAUCACAUAUUUUUUCUGUUCUUACUAACCUACUUCACAGUACAUUCAACAAACCAUCCCAGAAUUGUUUAUUUAGGGUACUACUCACCUGCAUCUCUUGUCUUCUGCUCAGGGUGUUGGGCCUGUGACUCUUUAUGGACUUUUUUUCAUUCCGGGAUGAGCUCACCUCG